AUGGACCCCGAUACAAACACAGAUAACUACUGCUUGGUUGAUGAGAAGUUUGACUUUGAUGUUUCAUCAGCAAGGUACGUUUCAAGAGGAGAUGAAGAGGAGGAUGAUGAUGAGGUCUUUUUGGGUCCGGUUAGUGACAAGGAGAAGUGUAUUUCUGCUGGAAUGGAGAGUCAGGCCAUGGAUAAUGUCAGCGCUGGAAUUUCUGAGGCCGAGGAGCCUAGUUGGAGUCUUCUCACGAGAAACAAGUUUGAACUGAUUUGCAAAGAAGCCCACCAGCUAGCUAGUCAGCUAAAGGGCAACCAGCAGGAAAAGCAUGUGACCGAAGAAACAUUUGGUACAAAAGGCGAGAGCCAAAGCAAACUGAUGGAGGAGUUUGUAGAGGACACUAUGGCCAAACUAGGCAUAUUCAACAAACCUGCCAAAUCUAUUGUCAGCCCCAUCAAAAGGGAGACGUUCUGUUUACAAGACAGUCCCAAGAAGCAGCUCCCACCUGUUAUUCAGCAACGCUUGAUAAGGGGCAGCAGGAGUAGUAGUUCAGAUGUGGCUGCCCCAUUGACUAAGGGCCGUCGAAGAAGCACCUCCAGUCCUGUGAGCAGCAUUAAAACACAGUCAAAGAUGGCUCUACGUGGCAGGGCGGGCCUUGGUACUGGAGGAGUGCUCCCCAGCAAGCCAGCUGCUCCAGCAAUAUUCACUAGCACACCCAACACUGCCAAUACCAGAGUGGCACCAGCGGAAAAGACCACCAGGCUGCCUCCUCCGAACAAAGCUCAACCCAAGAUCAAACCUAGACUGGCCAGUUGGAGCAGGGAAGGGUCUUGUGAGGAUUUGCUCUCUGACUCUGCCAGCGUGGCCUCUGAUGUCAGCGACUCCUCCCUUAACUCCAGUCUGCUCAGAAAACCAGCAUUGGCCCACUCUAUUAAGAAUCUGUCAGCUGUCAAAGCCCCGUCUCCUCAGACCAGGGGUGUGGUCAAGCAUAGGAGAAACACCUCCUCUUCGGUGUCCAGCUUCAACAACAGCUUGUCUGAGUCCCCUACUGGGAAAGGCAAGCGUAACAGUUCUCUGAACUCCAGCGUAAGUGGCCCCAGUGGCCGGGCGUCCUGCAGACUGACUAACCCCAGCACCAGUGCUGUCAAAGCUAAGCGCUCAAGCAUCUGCGGCAAACCUGCGGGGCCUCCAACCACCAGCACCCCAAUGGUACGCUGCUCCAUGUCCACCCAGGCCAGGAAGCCCUCUGAGGUGGACCAGUCCAAACCCACCAGGUCCACACCUUUAAAGAGACCCGAGCCUUGUACCCCGGUCAUCCUGACCCCAUCCAAGAGGGCUAUGGCAAGGACCUCUUCUGUGCCCAUUGUGUCCUCCUUAUCCACACCCAAACUGCAAAUUGGGGCCUCCAAAACCAAGGCUGUUGUCGUCCCCACUCCUACUGGGAAGGUUAAGGGUCCCCGGCAAGCAGAUGGGUCUUCUCCUGAUGCCCCCCAGAUCCUGAAGCCAGAGAGGCGCUUGUCGGCAUGCAGUAUGGAUAGGCUUUCUCAGAAGCAAGCAGUCACGCCUUCGAGGUUGCUUAACACCCCUUCUGCUGGUGCGAAUAAGUCAUUGCCGACAAAGAUGAGGCGUCCUUCAGCACUUCCGACCCCAGUCAAACAGAGAAUCUCUGGUGUCCCAGUCAUGACACCUAAGAGCUCGGCCCAGGCUAGCAGGUCUUUCCCUAGUAUGUCUGUACUGCCCACCUCGGCCAGCAGGUCCAGUAACCGCAGCGCCGAAGCAGAGCUGACAGCCUCAGGGGAAGAGCUGGUGUGCAGUCUAUCCAUUCAACCUUUCUGUCUUGAAGAAAAUGAUAAGCCCAAUAUCUCUCCUCCAGUCGUACCCCAGCCAGAGACACAAGAGAAAGCCUGUCCUGGUGAGGUUGGUCAGGAGGGACCAGAACAAGACCAAAGCAUCAAAGAGCAACCUGAUGUCAAGCAGCAGAAUCAGGAAGCUGAACCAAAUGGAGACCUGAUAGAACUCCAGUCUACUGAUGACACACACCCUCAGGACCAGGCGAGCAAGACAAAGGAAGUUUUGCUGAUAGACAUUCCAGCUCCAGUGCUGCGGCCUAAGGAGAAGCUCCUUAUUGACCUGUCGAACACCCCUGACCUGAUAAGGACCGCCUCAGUCAAGCAUUGUGAUGGAAAAGAGUUAAUUGACUUGUCCUCUCCUCUGAUCAAAUGGAGCCCAGAAGACAAAAAGGAGAAUGUCGUGAACGAGCCCCGCCUAAUUAACUUUUCUUUCUGA